UGGCAGCCGCUCGCAGCUCGCGGCGGAGCGAACGUUGGCUCGGAUGCACACAUUGAAUGAGAGUCAGUGGAACGUUAGCAGGCUGUUGCCACCAGCAACCGGGAACAUCUCCUCGCGCGACGUUCUCUCUCGUCCAAGGCACUCGGUGAGACUUCCGCAGCGGAGACAGUCGCACGCGCCGGCCCCCCCCCAAAAAAAGACAGGUUCAGGAAGGAUCGGUGCCUCUGUGUGUGGAGAUGCAGCGGGUCACGGCGCUGGUUGCGGCGCUGCUGUCGCUGCUGGCAGAGCAGUGCUGUGCGGACGGCGGCGGCCUCAGCCUCUCAGAGCGGGUCAUCUGGGCUGUGAACUGCGGGGGGGACUCUCAUGUAGACGUGCACGGUAUCCAUUUCAAAAAGGACCCUCUGGAAGGGAAGCUUGGCAAAGCGUCUGAUUAUGGGGUGCGUCUGCCAAUACUGCGCUCCAGUCCAGAGGACCAGAUUCUGUAUCAGACAGAGCGCUACAAUGAGGACACUUUUGGAUAUGAUAUCCCUAUACGUGAGGAAGGAGACUAUAUACUAGUUAUGAAGUAUGCAGAAGUUUACUUCGCCCAGUCACAGCAAAAGGUGUUUGAUGUGCGUCUAAACGGCCAUGUGGUGGUGAAGGACCUGGAUAUCUUUGAGCGCGUUGGACACAGUACCGCUCAUGAUGAGAUAGUGCCCUUUUCUAUAAGACGUGGCAAGCUGAGCGUGCAAGGAGAGGUGUCCACUUUCAACGGCAAGCUCACUGUGGAGUUUGUAAAGGGUUACUAUGACAACCCAAAGGUCUGCGCUCUCUAUGUUAUGAAGGGGACAUUAGAAGAUGUGCCAAAACUUCAGCCUCACCCUGGCUUGGAGAAGCCCGAGGAAGAGGAGGAAGAAGAGGAGGAAACUGAGGCCGGCGAGGAAGGUGGGAAGAAAAAGAUCCCUGCAGGUUCCAAGACCAGGGUCCAGUCAGGCCCCCGAACACCAAACCCAUACGCAGCAGACAACAGCAGCCUAAUGUUUCCCAUCCUCGUGGCGUUUGGGGUGUUCAUCCCCACACUGUUCUGCCUCUGUCGGCUGUGAGCUACAACCAGCGAUCGAUGGGACGUCAAGCAGACGAGACGGAGUGGGACUAUGGAGAGGGAUAAGGGGGUGGGGGGUGGGGGGGACAAGGUGGCAACAGCAGCACAGGUAAAGGCAUACACACAGGAGAGAGCUUGGAGAAAAUCUUGACAACGGAGGACAUAAAGAGACAAUAACUUUUCGGAAAGCCACUUUGCGACGAAGCAAAUGCUGCUGUUGAAUUCUGCCGUUUAGCAAAGAAAAGGAGAUGUAGGAAGUGUAUGCUGUGCGCUUCUCUGUGAAUGUGUUUCGCAUCCACCUCUGCUGACAGUUUUGAACAAUGUUAAUCAUUUCCACUCAGAGACUGUGCAGGAUUUACAGACGCCAGUCUUCACAGUUUGAAACCACAUUUCAGCGACUAAGGGAUGCUCAGGAGUGAUUGGUCUGGGCCCGUUUUAUAAACUACAAGCAUUGUUUUGUACCGGGUGUGGCAAGGAGGCACACUCUGUUUAACACUCCUACUCACAUCUGGUCAGACAUGGUCCCUUAAAUUGGAAAUGGUGCUGCUUAGAAAUUGGUUAAAUAGUUAGUGGAAAUACAGUUGCCAUUGGAGAGGCUCCCAUUUUUCUCAACUUGUCGCAUUUUUGUGUUUUUUCACUCAGAUCUAGUUAGUCCUUUUGUUGACGUGCCAUCAUCUUCUUGCCAUAAGCUGUUGAAAGAAGAAAGAACUUGUCAUCCAACCAGCUCUGCAGCUGGCGGGAUUAUUUGCUGUCUGCUGUCUAAGUCGGCCUGCCUUUUUAUAUAGGUUGUUUUUCACAAAUCUCUUGAUGUGUGGUUACCAAUGAUAGACUUAAUUGGCAUUGUUCCAUCAAACGCUGAUUCAAGGCCAUUAAACGUGUCCUCAACAGUGAUCACAAACUCAAAGUACCUUUUUUCUUUUUUCAACAAAUGAUCCAUUUUAAAGUUUGAACAUUACAAAGUGAGAAUGUAGAACAUGUUCUUUCAGUAAGAAACAUCAGAGUCUAAGUUUAUGCUGUGAAAUGCUAAAGUGAGUCGGGAUCUUUACAUCACUGUAUUUUCUGUGAGCUUGCCUUCUCAUUUAUUAAGUAUGCAUGCCUGCCGCUUUGUUUCACCAAAGAAUGUAUUUUUGUUUGAAAAGGAAAAUUAGGUGGCCUUUUUAAUUUGACAAACAGUUUGCAAAAUACAAUUCUUUGAGGCCUCUGUGGCAAGUGGUUGAAAUAGGCUUCAUGUGGACAUACAGUACCUCACUUAUCCAAAUGAAAUGAUUUUAGAGGAAUAGAGUGUUUGGUGCUUUUUAUAUCAGUUGCUAACUGGGCAGAAGGUUGUUUAAAAAAAAAAAAAAUGUCAUAAAUUUAUGUUUUUGAUUUCAAACAGAAUGCUGUAUUGACUCUGAUAGGCCAUGAUCUUCAGUCCUCCAUGUUAUUUGAAACCGAGAGAAACGGGCCGCUGCAGCUCCAUGUUGAUAUAAUAAACCGUAAAGAAUCUGCCGGUCAAUGCACUUGUUUCAUACAUCCCAAAAGUUGCUCUGAGUGACACCACAAGUUCAUCCACCUGCAGUCAGAGAUGAGAAAGCACAACAUCAGUGUAAGUAGAAAAUCAAAUGUUUACUUGACAUUAUAAACCAACUAUUAUUGGAUUUUCCACAAUCGUCACUCCUUUUCAAAUCUGUUGUCUUAAAACAUUUUAAUGUGGACUGUACCAUUUUGUUGAUUAAGUGUGAACUUUUCAGUGCAAUUAAGCUACUUGAUUUGGUCCUUGAAUUGAUUGAGCAAACUGGGGACACAUUUUUUUUUCAAUUUGAAUCUAUAUUCAAGCCUCUAUUAACUACAUGGCCACAUUAUCAGAGUCCUCUUUGACUGUUUAGUCUCAGUUUUUGGACAUUGAAAAUCCUUUUUGCUUUCCAUGCGGUCUGAAAAGCAGCUUUGUUCCUCAGUUUCAGUGGCGUUGCAUUGUGAACCCUCCUAUUUAUGUAUCUCGUUACAUCCCUUAAGUGCUAAGCUCUUCUCCAAGGAUGAUUUUGUAACUUUGCCUGUUUCAUUAAUGCUAAUGUCCCCCAACAACCCCCACCAGUAGUGCUGUUGCCAUAUGCAGUGCUGAAAAUAAUGGUUAAUAAUUAAGGUGUUGUGGAUAAAUACUCACUCCCCGAUUCUUCUUCCCAUUUUGAUUGAUGGUGAGCAAGAAGUUAAUGCAAGAAAAUAUUUGGUAAAUUGUUGGUGUUUUGGAUUUCUUUCUCCUUGAUUAUAUUUUGAAGUUCUAAACUCAACUCAUAUUUAAGACAUAAGCACCUUUUUAGUUUUUUCCUUCUGAAAAAAUGCUAAAUUUUAAGUUAAUUCAGCACCAAAGUCACCGUGUUCUGUUCCUCUGCAAGUCUACACAGUUGCGUGUGUAUAUAUAAGGUACUAAAUCACACUUUUAUCGUGUGACAACCAUUUUGUUCUCCUCACUUUUGUGCUGUAGGUGAGGUGUUGGGGUGUAUUUGAUUUUCUCUUAAGGAAGACUUUGUGGCCUUUCUUCUGGGGGAGGAACGAUUGCUGGUAUAGAGUAUAACAAUUUUUUUUUUUUUUUUUAAGGUGCAGCCUAAUGAACUGACUGUCAAAGUCAAAUAAAUGAGAUUAUGUCUGAAAAUAUGGGAUCUUCCAUUCUAUUAUAUAUAAUUUAAAUCAGAGCGGGGCUGAUCUGGAGAUAUUUUAUAAUGCGCUUGGAUUUGUAUGUUUUGAAUUUUUUCCUCAGGAUCUAUUUUGUUUUGAGUUUUUAAAACUUGAUAUUUUAUUGGUGUGACAUUUUGCACUGCCUCAUGUAUUUUAAAAUCAUGUCAUUUUUUGUGUGUUCGUCUUUGUUGCCUUGAAUUAUUGAAUACAUUGUGCUUUACUAUCAUUUGCCUUGAGGUUGCUCUUUUGCUUAUAUCAAAUUAGCCUCUCUUUUUUUUUUUUUUUUUCUCCUCUGUUAAAAUACACUUUACUGGGCAAUAUAUUCAUUCCACAGAAACAACUCUUGGAUAGUUAGGAACAGCUGUCUUUUCUGGGAGCAAAGCCAGUCAAAAACAAAUAGAACGGUUAGCAGAGAGUAGGAGAACUGUGUGAAAUGUCCAGCACUUGUUUGUCUAUUUAGCUCCUCACUAGCCUGUGUUGGACCUGUUACUGUCUAAACAUCUCAUAACUGAAUGAACUAGAGUGGAAUGAAGAUCUACUUAGUGUUUUGUUUUUUUCACACGAGAACCAAAGAAUUGUCGCCAUCCCAUCAUAAUUCUUCUAAUUGACGCUAAUGGUUCUUUAUUUCUUUUUUUCUUCUGUCCUCUGGUAAAGCAGAGAAUAAGUCAUGUCUUGUCAUCAGAUUUGUUGUCGCCAUUAAAUAUUCCCCAUGCAAUCUCACCCAAUUGUCUUGAAAUUUCCAUCCCAAAAAAAAAAAAGUAGUUAAUUUCUCUGUGAUUAAUGUAAAUUUGUAUGAGUCGACCAUCUCCAGCUUGUUGAUAUUUCUCCUUUUUUUUUCAAAUUUUCAAAGCAACUGAACAUGAUAUGAAUUUAAAAUGAGACAAAUUUGAACAGCAAAACAUCUGCCCACGUGUCCAUCGUCCAGGCAGCCGACCACACACACACACACACAAAACACCGAGGUCUGACAGUGUGUGUGAGAAAUUGAGCGUGCGCUUGAAUAUGAGUCCUACUGUACACAUUUACAUGUGUUGGAUAAAUGAGUGCUCCUUUGGGGGAUAUAGGCAGCAGAAAGUGGACUGAGAAAUGUAUUCGAGACCCCUGAUCUUACUGAUGUGGCAUAUAUGUGAAAUAUCUAAAAUGGGAAAUGCUGGUAAAUGCUGUCUCUUUUUAAUAAAUGUGCU